GCUUCUUUCUUACUUGCUUUGCAUCGUUGUGAGCUUUGCCAUAAAGUAUAUUUUACAUAUAAUUGCAAGGGUUUUCAUUCAAUCUUUUGUUCUUAUAUAUAUCAUAUUUGUAACAAUUCUUUAUGCUGUUUGACUUAUUCACAGACAGUAUUGACGAUGCACAGCACUCUGCUGCGAGUGUUUGUGGUGGCUCUGGGUCUCCUAACGCACCCAAGAGAUGACCCCGGGGUUGAGGAAUGGGGUGAUAUCACCACAGUGGGCAUGCAAAAGCAUGAAGAGAGGCUGCUGAGAGGAGAAGAAAAACUGGACCAUGAAAUGGCACAUAUCAGUAAGGAAAGGAUGUAUGCUGGGCCUGGAGAUGACACUCCCAAGGAACUUGUUGAUCAGUCUGAUCAGCAAGUUACUGAAAAAGAUAAAAUGUCAGACUUAGAUGAUGUGAAUGUCAUAAAACAGCAAUCAGAGGAAGACAAUGUUGAUCACAAAUUACAAGAAGGGGGAUAUUUUAUAGCAGAUUUGGAUCAGCAACAAAACUCCAAAAGUGAAGGUGAGACUGCUCUGGAAACAUCACAAAUUGACCAUGAGCAAAAGGGAAAUUUACAGCUGGACAAGAGGAGUAAACAGGGAGAAGAUGACUCUUUUACAGACCCAAGCGGACCACACAGGCAACAGGAAAAGCCCGAAGAGAAGGAAAUGUUCAGCUCCAAAGAACAAGAAUCACCUCUGUCACACCUUCACACCAAGACAUCAGAAAAUGAAACUUCAGAGAACACAAUCGCUGACUGGGAGGGGGAUUAUCUCUGGUACUCAUGGAACAUAUUCUCCAUCAUACACUUCUUCAGGAAGUAA